AGGUUUGCAGAUAAUGGAUUCCAUGCUUGUACUAAGAAAAUACUUUUCCCCACCUUUUGUGUGUGUCAUGCCAAAAUCUUGUUUAUGUCAUAGAAUGGAGGACCUGAUGCAUAUGUCCAUGCACUGGCUGCACAAUUAGAUGGUAAAAUGGCUUUUUGUCUAAGUUUUACAAAUUGAAAUGAACAAUUUUCACUCUGAGGGGAUUUGUCUCCGCUGCCCAUGGCAUCAGAAUCUGUGCUCCCUGAGCAGGUCAAGCCAAGACAAGCUAAAGGACGAAGACAGAUCCAGCGGGAGAAAUCCUUAACCAGUGAGGUGGAUGGUGAUGGCACUUUUGUCUUUGAGGCAGACGAAGCAUGGAAGGAAUUUCAUAGGUCACUUCUCCAUUUUUAUGAAGUGGGGGAGCUAUGUGAUGUUACUCUUAAGGUUGGUUCCAAGCUGAUACCAUGCCACAAACUAGUACUGGCCUGUGUGAUACCUUAUUUUCGUGCCAUGUUUCUUUCGGAUAUGGCAGAAACCAAGCAGACUCUCAUUGAGAUACAAGAUUUUGAUGGUGAUGCUAUAGAAGACCUGGUUAAAUUUUCAUACUCCUCCUGUGUGACCUUGACAGUAGACAAUGUACAACCUCUUCUUUAUGCUGCAUGCAUCCUUCAAGUAGAACUGGUUGCUAAGGCUUGUUGUGAGUACAUGAAGCUGCAUUUUCACCCUUCCAACUGCCUGGCUGUUAGAGCUUUUGCAGAAAGCCACAAUCGUGUUGACCUGAUGGACAUGGCUGACCGAUAUGCUUGUGACCAUUUUACAGAGGUGGUUGAUUGUGAUGACUUUGUGACUAUGACUCCCCAGCACCUUUACAAACUGCUGUCUUCUGGAGACCUUAAUAUUGAAAAUGAAAAGCAGGUUUACAAUGCAGCUAUGAAAUGGCUUCAUGCCAAUCCACAGUAUCACACAGCAUGGCUAGAUGAAAUACUUUCACAGGUGCGCCUGCCUUUGUUACCAGUUGAGUUCCUAAUGUCAGUUGUUGCCAAAGAAGACAUAAUCAAACAGAACCUAAAAUGCAGAGAUCUUCUGGAUGAGGCAAGAAAUUAUCACCUCUAUUUGAGUAAUCGCUCUUUACCAGACUUUGAGUACACCGCUCGUACUAUUCCAAGAAAACAGACAGCAGGAGUUCUCUUUUGUGUGGGAGGACGUGGGGGCUCAGGAGACCCUUUUCGCAGUAUUGAAUGCUACUCUGUUACCAAAAACAGCUGGUUUUUUGGACCAGAAAUGAAUAGCCGGAGAAGACACGUAGGAGUGAUAUCUGUUGGAGGCAAGGUGUAUGCAGUUGGCGGACAUGAUGGAAAUGAACAUUUGGGAAGUAUGGAAUUGUUUGAUCCACUCACUAAUAAAUGGAUGAUGAAAGCAUCAAUGAACACAAAGAGGAGGGGUAUUGCACUUUCUUCACUGGGUGGCCCGAUAUAUGCAAUUGGUGGGCUUGAUGACAAUACAUGCUUCAAUGAUGUAGAAAGAUAUGAUAUAGAAAGUGACCACUGGACUUCUGUUGCUCCAAUGAUCUCUCCUCGAGGUGGAGUUGGUUCUGUUGCCCUAAUGAGCCACGUCUAUGCUGUGGGAGGGAAUGAUGGAGUAGCUUCACUUUCAAGUGUAGAGAGGUAUGAUCCACAUCUGGACAAAUGGGUAGAGGUCAAGGAGAUGGGCCAACGCAGAGCUGGAAAUGGUGUUAGUGAACUCCAUGGCUGCUUGUAUGUUGUAGGGGGCUUUGAUGACAAUUCUCCACUGAGUUCUGUAGAACGAUAUGAUCCUCGCAUGAACAAGUGGGAUUAUGUUUCAGAGCUUACUACCCCUAGGGGUGGUGUUGGCAUAGCAACAUUAAUGGGAAAAAUAUAUGCAGUUGGUGGUCACAAUGGCAAUGCAUAUCUAAACACAGUGGAAUCAUAUGAUCCACGUAUUAACAGAUGGGAGCUCGUUGGAUCUGUAGCCCAUUGCAGAGCUGGAGCUGGAGUUGCUGUUUGCGCCUGCCUGUGCAGCCAAAUCCGAGAUGUUGGUCAAGGAUCCAGCAAUGUUGUAGACUGCAUGUAAACCACAUCUGUGUCAGAGUUGAAGCACAGUCAUUACUUUUGUGAGGCUACUUAACUGUCUUAUGCACAAUUGGGCAACCUGCUGACCUCCAGGUGCUGCUGAACUAUACCUAAAUUAUUCCCACUGAUAGCCAUAGGCUGCUGGGGUGCAUAGGAGUUGUAGUUCAAUAUCAUCAGAUGGGCCUGUAUGUUGUCUUUUUGUUGUGUAAUGUGGCAAUGGCUUUGUGUAGUAAUGCGUUACAUUUAUUAAUGUUAAAUGAAGGUGUCACCUCUCCCAAUUAUUAUGUGAUUUGCUGUUAUAUUUAGCCAAGUGCUUUCCCCUUCAGAUACCUGUAUAUAUACAUUUUUAAUAAAAAUUAUAGAUUAAGGAUUUUCACACUGUACAGUGCCCAGCAAGGAUUGAAUCUUAGCAAUAGGCAAGAAACACAGAUUUUUGAUUGUCUUGACAAGUCUGAUAUGUUUUUGUGGAAUAAUGGAGAAAUAACUAUUUUUCAAAUUGUACACCAAUAAUAGAAUUUUUCAGUUACUUUUUAUAUUUAGUUUAUUCAGGGCUGCUCUUGUCAUGAGGCAAGGUGAGAACCAUUAUAGAGAACCAAUUACCAGGGGUGCCUCUGGUAACUUUAAAGGACAUGUAAACCCACCACAAAAAAAAUUUAAUCAGGUAAAAGCCUCUUUGAAAUCUUACAAUAGCUGCCACUCUGGUUGUUCAAAGGUUAAUAGUAAGGCUGCAGCAUCCUUAAUCACUUGGGAUUCCUUCUGCUCCUCUAAACCACUUAACCCCUUCCCUUAGGAAUUGACUUUGGCUCUUGGCUACUGAGCAUGCUCAGUUCUCAGGUUACCAAACAUGCCUUCCAGUCUAACAGUCAAUGAAGAGAUGGCCCUGCUGGUUUCCACAGAAAUUCUGCUAGAGCUGUCCACUCUACUGGAGAAUUUUUUUUCCCCCUUUCCUCCUCUCCUGAGCUCAGUUUAACCAUUACAGGACUGAAUCCAAGCAGCCCUGCCUGUGUAAGCCUGCAUUCUUCAUUGCUUAAACUUUUCAGUGCACAUGUGCUGUUUGUCGCUGAUGUCAGAGUGAAAAUGACCCCCAUGUAAAAGCUGCUAUUUGUUUUGAGGAAAUGUCAUGGUGCUGGUGAAUGAAGGGGAUAUAUGCAAUACAAAUGGUGUGGUUUGGGUAGGGUAGAUGUGCCCAACUUAUAUAUAUGGUAGUUAAAUGUAGGGUUUACAUAUUCUUUAAGAUCCGAAUUUCCAUUUUUUUUAAACUGAGAUUUGGCUCUUCCAGUGCAGAGAGUGCAAUAGCUUUAACACAAUCAAACGCCAAAAAUUUAAGCGUGGAGUGGGUGGCGAGCCCCAGAAAUGCAGCUGGGUUUAUUUCCCCUGCUAUACUCAAAUUAGCCAGUAUCAGCUCAGAUUGCUUGCUUUUUAAAUGUCUAUCAUGAUACAUUUUUGCCCAAGCAACUUUAUCCCUUACUGAUCUUUGGCCCAGAGCAACUGCUACAAGAUAGUACAUUAGUU